AUGAACACAGCACCUUAUGCUACGGUUUCUACCAAGACGCAGUCUCGAUUCACUCAUAAAAUACAGUAUCCACGCAUAGCACCCAAACCAUACAGAGAGAAUAACUGGCCUGAUCUUGCUCUUGGUAGAAUAUUCUACGUAGAAGCAAUUUUGAAGAACGUCUUCACAAGACCACAUUGUAGCUUUUUGAAACCAAUUGCAACUAGAUACAUAGAACGUCCAAGAGACUACGGUGCACUUUGA